AUCUGAAAAUGAUUCCUUGUAAACAAUUCUGCUUCAUAGCCACUACGGUGGAGUUUAGCUUUUUUGUGUGUGAUGAUUUACUCAAAUGUGUUGGGCUGUGCUUGUGGUCUUUGUUCUAUUUGUUAAAGAUUAUGCUAAAAGAGGGCUGGGUAAAGCUCUUCUUAAAAACUGCUGUUUUACUUAGACCUGUAAUGAGUGAAAUAGGGAAGUAAAUCUUGUGUGCAGGAAAACAAAGAAGCCUUCAUUUCUUAAAACUUGAAAUGCAUUGCUUUGGACAACUUUUAAAUGUCUUUUUAUUGCACACAGAAGAAAAAAGAUCCUUCGCAGUCUGUUAAGGAAGAUGAUGGGGUUGGGAAGACCCAGGAUGCUUUUUGGCUUCAAUCACUUAUGACUGAUGCAUUUGAUGGUAAAGGAUUUCAGAAAAUCGAAGAAUACUUUCAACAGAAAGAGAGCCAUUAUCCUCAAAAAUACAGUCACCUUCUACUACACCAACUUGGUAGAGCCAUAAAUAAGGAACUGGAUCAAAAUGCGUUUGGGCAUGUUUCCCUGCUUCUGAAAUGCGUUCAGCGGUUCUUCAGAGACGACCCCAAAGAAGAUGAGCCUUUGCUGAUUCAGCAGGGUCUGAUCCCAAAGAUAAUUUCCUGGUUCGAAAGAACAACAGGAUUUCUGAUCAUGGAAGACCUAGCCUCGGAUGCAUCGCUCAUCAGUGCCGUAGGAGACUUCCUUGACACUGCCGUGAUUAUUUCCAGGAGUAGUAGUCAAGGGAAAAUUCAGAUGUUGGAUUCCUUCAUACUCAGCUUAGGAUUCCUGGUGACAGAAAAGACUAUAAGUCAUUUGAUUCAACAAGAGGCUGUGAGGACUUUGAACUUCAUUUUGCAAGCUGUACCUCGGGAAGAGAGGAGAAAACUUCCUCUGUCAGAAAGCGUGUGUCGUCUUAUGAAAGACUUUGCAAGGACCAUCUUAACUGUGGGUGAUUAUGACCAGCAGGUUUCAAUCUCUGAAACCUUGUGUAGGCUGACAACUAAAACAGCAAGGCAGGAACUUGUCCAUCAGUGGUUUGAGGAUGAUGCCAUUGCUGAAGCCUUCAAAGAAAUUAAGGAUCGAGAAUUCGAGACGGAUAGUCGCCGCUUUCUCAAUCGCCUAAAUGACAGACUUGGUGACCAAAGAAGGGUGUACUCAUUUCCAUGUAUUGCUGCUUUCGCUGAUGGACAUGAGAUGAGAAAACCAGCAGAUGAAAAACUAGAGAAAUUUUGGAUUGAUUUCAACCUAGGAAGUCAGAGCAUCACUUUCUAUAUAGACAAUACUGAGAGUGCUCUGUGGGAUCCAGUAAGACUGUGCAAAGAAACAGUGGUGAAUUUCAGCAUAAUAGAAACUGAGAGGAUGAAUAUGUUCGUCAUUUGCCUGAAGCAGCCUGUUGUUAUCAGCAAGAAGGAGGUGAUGAGAAUAGAAAUCCACUUUGACUUAGAGCUCACCGUAUCACAAGCUGCCAUUCAAGCCUUAGGAGAAGACAAACAGGUGUUGCCAGACCAGAUGAAAACCUCCCAGGAACUUCCUUCUAAAUUUGAGAAAGAUGACACUGGGGUUCUUAGUAGCCACGAUGGAGAGGCAGAGCAGGCAGAAGAAUCCACCAACCAGGUGAAAGCCAUGAUUGCUGAAGAUGACCGUUGCCUAAUAACUCUCCCCAUUAAUGACAAUUCCCAGCUGCCUCCAACAGAAACUGCUGAUCAUUCACCUGAGAGAGUGCAGCUGGACAAGGCACAGGACGAAGUUACUUCAGCGCAUGAGUAUUCUUCAGAUUUGCAAGAAUCGCCAGUUAAUAAUCAGACUCCUGAAGCAAGUGACAAAACGAGGGAUGAUUCUGCUUUCAAGGGUGACAGAAAGCAAGCAAGAAGAAUGUCGUCCAGUUACAGGAAGCAUCUCUUUUCUGAGAGUAAUGAAGAUUCAAGUAGUAGUGCCAGUGAUCGAUCUUGGACCAGUAACCAAAAGAAGAAGUCCCUGAUACCGUAUCCUAGCAGAAGACAAAAGACCAGAGUCAGAAGCAGUGGAAGAAUUUUGCCACUUUUCUCUCUUGGCAGUGCCAGCGAUCGUGAGAAAAACCAGAAGGACACAUCCAGUCAGAAUGCCACACCAGCAGAAAUUCCUGAAACAAAAUUGCAGGGGAGUCCUGCCACCGUAAUUCCUGAAGAUUCUUCCCAGAGAACAGAAAGUCGAAGUCCCCAGCUACCGAGUGGGUUCUCCUCUUUAGAAAGCUCAGAAACUGAAGACAAAACAUCUAAGAUUGGGAACCAAGAAUCAACAAUGGAAAAUACUAGCUUCAAACAUAAGCUGCAAAACAUGGAAGACAGAGACUUACCACACGGGAGCUUUGUGAAGUCGAAACAAUCAAGAUUAGAGGACGAGGCUCCCGGAUCCAGCACAGUGGCAGAAGGCAUUUCUACCCCAGCUCUGGAGGCUGUGCCGGAGAACUCAAGUGGUUCUGCCAUUAUCACAACCUUUGAGAACUUCUCUAGGCGACUGAAGAGAAAAUACGAGCUUCAGUACAGAAAGAGUCCGCUCCAUUCAGAAAAGGCAAAGAAAGCACCGGAUUGCCUGACGCAGCUGUUAGACCAGAUACACCUGCACAGACUCAACAAACUAGACCAGUUUCACAAUGUUGUUCUCCGAGAGCUGAGCAAUCUGGAGAAGGACAUGCAGGCUCUGAGUGAGCUCGAGAAGAAUGUGCUGGAGUUUUGGGGGAAGCAGUCUGCUGAUCUGAAAUCAUUCUGUGACCUUCAAGUGCUGAGGCUUAACCCCAUGCAGCCUUUAUAAGAAAAACUGAAGCCCAGUGGGAUUACUGCAUCCCUCAGGCUGAACCUCUGAAAGAAGAGGAGGAAGAUGGAGUCACUUUUGUCUCAAGCUGCAUAAACCACUCUUUAGGGCAUGCUAUUCAUUUACUUUGUUCUACUCCCAACAGGAUCGCUGGGAACUUCCAAGUUGGACUGGAAGACAAUGUGUUGAUAGUUCGCAGUUGUUUUAGUAUCAAUUUGUUCAAAAAAGUUAACUUUUUAUAGUAAAAUUUGGUCAGAUACUAGAAAGUUCAGAAUGUCCAGCAACUGGGAGUGAUAGUUUUUUUUUAUUAUGUUAAAAGUAAAAGAUUUUUAUUUCAAAAAUGUCUUCACAUUUUGUAGAAACUUCAACAUCUGUAUCAAUAUGCUUUAGUAUAUGUUUUUGGAGGAGAAAACGUGAAAAUUAUGAAAAUAGUUCAGGUGACAAUGGUGGUAUGUUUUGAAAAUAAAGUUAUGAGGGAGGUUGAUAUGAUGUGCAAACAUCUCAGUUUCUGUGUUUUAAGAAAGUGACCAUCUGUAGGAAAUAGAAGUAUUUGUGUGAUAAUUACUAAAUGCUCUCACCAAGUUUAAGUGCAUGAAUUUGCAGAUAUAGUUGAGCAUUUGAAUGUUUAGAAAACUGAAAACUGCAUAAGUUAAGGCCAUCUACAGAGUAACUAUUAAUUGGAUGAGCAGAGUUAGACUGUAGGAUGAACAGUCUAGUCAUUAUAUAACCUGGUAAUAUGAUUUAGUUUAUUAAUUUGUAGCUUACCUAAAACCAAUGUUCACAACCUCAUUUUACUGUUAUUUUAAAAUGAGCUGUUUUAUUACAUUUGACAAGAUUUAUAGAGUUUAAGCACUUAUUUUUUUAUUUGCAUGCAUUUCAUAAAUAAAACUUUAGGGACAUAGUAAUUCUUGCCACCAU